AUGCCUUCUCUACGAUACUACAACGCCAGCGCUCCCUUUUGGGACUUUGUCGCCAACAUGGAGGCGGAACACAACAACAACAACAACAACAACACUCGUUCUCAACAAGCCAACGAGAACGACAACGAGAACGACGACCGUCCUAAUCCAUGGACCGCUGAAGGUUGGGCAGGCUUCCCAUGGGGACCUUUCCCUCAUCGUGGUCGUGGAAGACAUGAACCUCAUCAUCCUCCACCACACCAUGAAGGUCCACCGCCUCCCCCACCUCCACCGGCGGAGGGAGAUUCCUCUGAUACAGAGGGUGGUCCUUCGGACCCAAGAGGUCCACCACCACCACCACCCUUCGGCGAAAACCCCGACGAGGGCCACGAGCAUCGUCGCGGCCCCCACGCUCAUGGCUGCGGCCCUUGCCACCGCGGUGGCUUCGGCGGUCGCGGCGGUCAUGGUCGCGGCAGAGGCGGAGGACCAAGAGGAGGACCAGGGCGCGGCCGAGACCAUCACUUCCACCCCUACGCCAUGCCAGGUCCUUUCGGCGCUUUGGCCGAGAUGUUCCAAAACCAGCUCUUUGGCGAGGAGACGACCACUAGCAAAGACAAACACGAAGACUUCAAACCAGAAGCAGAUGUCUUCGACACCCCGGAAGCAUUCGUGGUCCACGUCUCGCUGCCCGGUGCCAAGAAGGAAGAUGUCGGCGUCAAUUGGGACGCUGAGAAGAGCGAGAUUAGCAUUGCCGGGGUCGUUUAUCGCCCUGGCGACGAGGAAUUUUUGAAGACGCUUGCGCUAAAUGAGCGCAAAGUGGGUGCCUUCGAGCGGAAGGUGCGCCUGGGCAGCAGAGCCAAUCCGGCACAGGUUGAUGUCGACGCCAUCACCGCUCGCAUGGAGGAUGGAGUCCUUACUGUCGAGGUGCCCAAGUUGGAUUCCGGAUACGUCGAGAUCAAGAAGGUGGACAUUGAGUAG